UUGACGUAUUUGAAAUUCAUGCGGCCGGCCGCCGGCUGUCAGUUCACAGUUGUCAUUCGCACGCCAACGUUUCCUGAGCAAGUUCGUUGCCGCAAAUUCUCUACGCCUCAUUUAAUUUAAAUUACUUUUCAACAAAAUGCCGCUGCAGUUGACCAAACCCGCACCCCAGUUCAAAACUACAGCUGUAGUGAACGGCGAGUUCAAAGACGUCGCUCUCUCCGACUACAAGGGCAAAUAUGUCGUGCUCUUCUUCUACCCACUUGACUUCACAUUCGUCUGCCCUACCGAGAUAAUCGCGUUCAGCGAACGCGCCGACGAAUUCAGGAAGAUCGGGUGCGAAGUGAUCGCCGCCUCCACUGACUCGCACUUCACUCACCUCGCGUGGAUCAACACACCCCGCAAGCAGGGCGGUCUCGGCCCCAUGAACAUCCCGAUCAUAAGCGACAAGUCGCACCGCAUCUCGCGCGACUACGGCGUGCUCGAUGAAGAGAGCGGCAUUCCGUUCCGCGGGCUGUUCAUCAUCGACGACAAGCAGAACCUGCGCCAGAUCACCGUCAACGACCUACCCGUGGGCCGUUCAGUAGAAGAGACCCUCCGCCUGGUGCAAGCGUUCCAAUACACCGACAAGUACGGAGAAGUGUGCCCCGCCAACUGGAGGCCCGGCUCCAAGACAAUCAAGCCCGAUACCAAAGCUGCCCAGGAGUACUUUGGCGACCAGAACUAAGAUAGCGUAGAUCUUUAGCGGCUGUUUAUUUAAUACUAAUAAUAAAAUCUUGUUAAAGUA